UUGGAAUGUGAGAGGUUUUUGUGCAAUUUAUCUUACCGAGUGCUGUUUUGUUGACAUGAACUUUAUUUCUAUGAUACGGUACGGCGUGGUAUGGUAUGGUGUUCUAUGGUAUUGGUAGGGUAUGUUAUGGUGUGGUAGGGUAAGGUAGGGUAGGGUAUGGUGUGGUAUGGUAUGCUAUGGUGUUCUAUGGUGUGGUAUGAUAUGGUAUGGUAGGGUAGGGUGUGAUAUGGUAUGGUAUGAUAGGUAUAGAGUAGGGCAGGGUGUGAAAUAGUUUUGUUGACAUGAACUUUAUUUCUAUGGUAUGGUAUAGUAUAGUAUGGUGUUCUAUGGUAUGGUGUGGCAGGGUAGGGUAUGGUCGGGUAUGGUAUGGUGUGGUAUGGUAUGCUACGGUGUGGUAUGAUAUGGUAUGGUAGGGUAUGGUGUUCUAUGGUGUGGUAUGGUAUGGUAGGCUAGGGUGUGAUAUGGUAUGGUAUGGUAGGUAUAGGGUAGGUAUAGGGUAGGGUAGGGUAGGGUGUGGAAGGGUUUUGUUGACAUUAACUUUAUUUCUAUGGUAUGGUACAGUGUGGUAUGGUGUGGUAGGGUAUGGUAUGCUAUGGUGUUCUGUGGUGUGGUAUGAUAUGGUAUGGUAGGGUAGGGUAUGGUUUUCUAUGGUGUGGUAUGGUAUGGUAUGGUAUGGUAUGGUAUGGUAUGGUAUGGUAUGGUAUGGUAUGCUAUGGUAUGGUAUGGUAUGGUAUGGUGUGAUACGGUAUGGUAUGUUAGGUAUAGGGUAGGGUAGGGUCUGAAAGAGUUUUGUUGACAUGAACUUUAUUUCUAUGGUAUGGUACAGUAUAGUAUGGUGUUCUAUGGUAUGGUGUGGUAGGGUAGGGUAUGGUAUGGUGUGGUAUGGUAUGCUAUGGUGUUCUAUGGUGUGGUAUGAUAUGGUAUGGUAGGGUAUGGUGUUCUAUGGUGUGGUAUGGUAUGGUAGGCUAGGGUGUGAUAUGGUAUGGUAUGGUAGGUAUAAGGUAGGGUAGGGUAGGGUGUGGAAGGGUUUUGUUGACAUGAACUUUAUUUCUAUGGUAUGGUACAGUGUGGUAUGGUGUGGUAGGGUACGGUAGGGUAGGGUAGGGUAUGGUGUGGUAUGGUAUGGUAUGCUAUGGUGUUCUAUGGUGUGGUAUGAUAUGGUAUGGUAGGGUAGGGUAUGGUUUUCUAUGGUGUGGUAUGGUAUGGUAUGGUAUGGUAUGGUAUGGUAUGCUAUGGUAUGGUAUGGUAUGGUGUGAUACGGUAUGGUAUGUUAGGUAUAGGGUAGGGUAGGGUCUGAAAGAGUUUUGUUGACAUGAACUUUAUUUCUAUGGUAUGGUACAGUAUAGUAUGGUGUUCUAUGGUAUGGUGUGGUAGAGUAGGGUAUGGUAGGGUAUGGUAUGGUGUGGUAUGGUAUGCUGUGGUGUUUUAUGGUGUGGUAUGAUAUGGUAUGGUAGGGUAUGGUGUUUUAUGGUGUGGUAUGGUAUGGUAGGCUAGGGUGUGAUAUGGUAUGGUAUGGUAGGUAUAGGGGUGGGUAGGGUAAGGUGUUGAAGGGUUUUGUUGACAUUAACUUUAUUUUUAUGGUAUGGUACAGUGUUGUAUGGUGUGGUAGUGUAGGGUAUGAUGUGGUAUGAUAGGGUAGGGUGUGGUAUGGUGUGGCAUGGUAUGCUAUGGUUUUCUAUGGUGUGGUAUGAUACGAUAUGUUAGGGUAUGGUAUGGUGUUCUAUGGUGUGGUAUGGUAUGGUAGGCUAGGGUAGGAUAUGGUGUAAUAUUGUAGGCUAGGGUAUGAUGUGGUAUAGAAUGGUAGGGUAGGGUGUGGAAGGGUUUUGUUGACAUGAACUUUAUUUCUAUGGUAUGGUACAGUGUGGUAUGGUGUGGUAGGGGUAGGGUAUGGUGUGGUAUGAUAGGGUAGGGUAUGGUCUGGUAUGCUAUGGUUUUCUAUGCUGUGGUAUGAUAUGGUAUGUUCGGGUAUGGUAUGGUGUUCUACGGUGUGGUAUAGUAUGGUAGGCUAGGGUGUGAUACGGUAUGGUAUGUUAGGUAUAGGGUAGGGUAGGGUGUUGAAGGGUUUUGUUGACAUGAACGUUAUUUUAAUGGUAUGAAACAGUACAGUAUGGUGUUCUAUGGUGUUCUAUGGUAUGGUAGGGUAUGAUUAUUCAGUGUGUGGCCCUCAUUGGAAAACGUUUGGACUUAAAGUCACAUCCAACAAUUGCGACAACGACUUCUUACUGUCAAUAUCGGCUACUGAGUUUCAGUUUUUAAUAUUUUCCGCUGGUGGUGUGCCUCUGGGUUUUUUAAAUGAAAAAAAAAAUUGCCUUGUUUCCAAAAACACGUUGAAAAACAUUGCUUUAAAGCAGUUUUCCAGCUUGAGUCACACGCCACAACACUAGGUGGCGGUAGUGCGCGUUACAAGGUUGCUCACCAACCGCCAUUGAACCAAAGAAGAUGAAAACAAAGGAAGAAGAAGCAGGUUACGUCAUCAUGUCUCCUCACGCCGAAUAAAGUGUUUUAUCACAGCCACUGCGAUAUUUGACAACUAGCACGCUCAGCGUCCAGCUCGCGGGCCUUGUCAGAGCCGAGAGCCGAACCAGGAUCAGCGGCGACGUCAUCAAUGGUGUGUCCACCUCCAGGAGAGGUCACCUUGUCCUGCGUGUGCUCCAUGAUCCAUCACCUCAGCCCACGUCACGGCUGCACAUGUAUGGCGUUUGCAAGGCGUGAAGGGGAGUUCUGUCCGGCCCAGCACCUGCUGCUUAUUGUGGACAAGUGAAGCAGAUACUUGAGAGGCAACUACACCCACACAGGCUUUCACUGCCAUCCUGUCACACCCAUAUGAAGAAAGGACAACUUGCAACCUGGCACCCGUUUGGGGGAGCAGAGGAGGCUUUGCUUUUUAUUUGCAGAGUCUGCUUCCUCAUUUCUGCAUGUAUCCUCUCUUCUUUCCACUCAAAAGUCCCCUCCUCUAAUUGACUUCAUUGAAUAGACUCAUCUUUUUUUAUUUAUUUUUUUAUUUUGUAAAAAAAAACAGUACCUUUUUGUAAAAGCAACACGCUGCCGCGGUCGUCACUAUGAAUCGACCGGCUGCUGUGGAAAUUUCCUACGACUGUUUAAGGUUCCUAAUCACCCACAACCCCACCGAUGCACAACUUGGAAGGUUCAUCGAGGAGCUGAAGGCAUAUGGAGCCAACACUCUUGUGAGAGUAUGCGCUGCUACGUAUGACAAGGCACCAGUGGAACAAGAGGGCAUUCAAGUCCUGGAUAUGCCAUUUGAUGAUGGCUCCGCCCCCCCAGAGCAGCUGGUGGAUGAUUGGCUGAGCUUGUUGCAGGCCAAGUUUCGAGAUGAGCCUGGCGGCUGUGUGGCCGUGCAUUGUGUUGCAGGUCUGGGAAGAGCUCCUGUGCUCGUUGCCCUGGCGCUAAUUGAGUGUGGGAUGGAGUACGAAGAUGCUGUUCACUUCAUAAGACUGAAGCGUCGUGGAGCUUUUAACUCAAAGCAGCUGCUUUUCCUGGAAAACUACAAACCCAGACUGUGCUUGCGCUCCAAAGAUGCAAACGGUCAGAGCUGCACUCUCCAGUAGGAAUAGACACGUAGCAAGCAGACUUCCAUCAAAGCAUGUUGGAAAGGUACUGGGUGCUAAACAGGAUGUCGCUAACGAGACUGGUUUAGAACAUCUCCACACAUCCUGGGGAAGGUUUCUGACAUGUCCCCAAUUUAAUCACAAACACAGGUUUGGUGUGUAUGGUUCUGAUAAAGUUAAGGGAAAGCACACGUUCCAGAAAAUAUAACCAGCUAAAUUGCGUUCUUAGUUUUGGCUUGAAUUGUAAAUUUGGCGUUUCACUCUGCACUUGUCAGAACUUUGAUACAUUUGACAGUUUUGAUGUUUUUUUAUCUAAUUGGCAGCAGAACUGUGCCCAUAGUUGCCGACAACUAACUCAUGCAUGACACAUUUACAGUAGGUUGUAACCGGCCAGUCACAGACGGGACAAGUUUGGCAUCUACCUGCUAAAGCAACUAUUGUAUGCAUCCUCCUUGUGGUGGUGGCAAAUACGGAGAAUAAAGAGGAUUUAGACAUUG